GUCAUGCGGUUGUAGUUGUUUGCGGCCACAACUACAUAGUACCAGAAAGCUCAUUUCUGCGCAACAGAAUUUGGCGCUUCCACGUAUAAUGCCAACGACCCAUUGGCAUUGCACUGAUGACGAGAAAUGAUUUGCGCAGCAAGUUGAGCACAGCCUCAAUUUUCAUCUUUCAGUAACAGUAAUUGAAAGACGCCUGCUUCGCCGGGCAGGCUUCUUGUCAAGAUGCCGAUCUCCAGCCUUUCCCGGGAGUUUGUCCGGGAAAUCAAGGAGAACUACCCGGAAAUCCGAUCCCUCAUAUCCAAAGUAAAAGAUUUCCCGUAUUACAUGUACAAAUGCAGUUUCUGCAUGGCAAACUUUCUUUCAAUGCUAUUCAGAAUGACAAGUUCUUGGUGAAGUUUGUGAUGCGUAGUACGGGAAGUUUGUAUUGUAUACCUGAACCUGGCCCGCAACGAGAUCGCGGAAAUCAAUUCACUGGAGUCUCUCGCGAGCCAUCUGGUCUCCCUGGACCUGUCGUGGAACCGAAUCACGGAGGUGGGGUUCGGCCUCCUCUGCCUCGUGCACCUGAAGCAGUUGGUACUAAGAUGGUUACUACAACCUCGAACAUCAAGUGACGGAGGUUUUAGACGCACCACGGCAAAUGAUUUUUGCAUUCCUAGACCUAGUGGUCGUCGAUCAACAUGAGAUCGUGAUUGUCCUUGAGAUCUUCCAAAGUGUACACCGAUAUUAUCGCAGAUUGAGAUUCGAAAUGCAGAAUGAAGAGUUCGUGAUUUCUAUCUUCAGGUUCUUGCCCACAACGAGAUAUCGCAGCUGCACAACACCAACUUCACGAGUUUGAAAUGCCUGGUCCGCCUGGAUCUGAGCAACAACCUCCUGCAGGACCGGGUGAGCACGAUCACGGCCUUCGAAACGCUGGACUCCCUGGUCGAUCUGAACCUGACAGAAAACGCUGCGGACACGAAUACCUGGGUGGACUCAGUUCGCGAACGCCUCCCGCAGCUGCACGUGUACAAUUUCGAAAGACUGCUGCCAGAAGGGUCGGCGUCAUCCCUACCUCCUUUAAUCGCCUCCUCCACGGCUGUUGCGCUGCAUGGCACAACAAGAAGUACAAAUGCGGGCGCAAUAUCAAGCAGCCAUCAAAUGCACAACGCGGUGACCAGUACCACAACCACAUGCAGAGCGGCCCAAUUAGCGCUGCAGCUUCCGCCACGGACUAGUCCAUCGCAGAUGUUGCGCGAGCAAUCCAAUACGGCGUCCUCCUCUGGUUCCGCUAGUUCCUCGAGGAAGCCCGCGCUGGCCGGGCUCAAAUAUUACGGUGCGCCAGUGCAUCAACCCGCGGGAAGCUACACGACCAGUUGCGGUGGCGGGAAUCUGACCAGCACCAGCGAAGAAGAAACAAUGGAUCAGAUGAUCGGAAUGAGGAAGGAAAAGCUGAAAGAGCAGCAAGGGGUGACGUCUUCGCUCGCGCAGAUGUCCGAGCAAGCGGAGGAGGAACUACAGCAAGGCACCAGUAGUGAGCAACGAGGAGCUGCAAAUGCAAUAGAGAACACUUCCUCGUCGAUUCCCGGAGCUGCAGCCACAAAUAAAACGCUGAAGGCGAAUCCCAUCCCGAAUCCCGAACUUGUGCGUGGCGGGUGGGAGACAUUUGGCGGAAGCAAGGCGUCGACGUCGCGGUUGAUAGCGGCGGAGGAAGAACAAGCGGUUACUUCAUCGCACCAGGUAUUACGUGAUCAAGAGCCGUUCGCUAUUUAUCAUACAGGGUCGGGCUCGGGGUCGGGAGGUGCCUCGGCAUCAACAAAAAUCCUGCCGUCCCAGAUGACCAGCGAGAGCAGUAGAAACCGAUUCUUCAGCGAAGAUCAUUUUCCGACUGCUUCAGGGUACUCGGGCAAACUCGCCCAACUAUCCGGUCCGGGACCGAGUGCAUCGUCCUCCAGUACUGCGUUCCGCAGCCAGCCACUGUACCGGCCGACGCCGAACGAGAACAAUCUCGAGCACGAUCCGAAUUUCUACGACGAGAAUCGCCACUUACGCAUUCUCGUCGAACCCUGUCCCAGCCCCUUGGAACAGCAGCAGCAGCAGUCAUCUGACCCGCGCGUGGCCAGGACGUCGAAAAGGGAGCAGGCACUGCAUCAAAUGACAGAACAAAAUAGUCCGAGCUCCACCGCGGCGCUGGCGACGUUCACAACCACGAAAAAGGAGGAGGUGGCGUUUGAGCAAGUUCUGGAAGUGCACCAGUGGGCCAUGACGGUGUUGGACGAUCUAGACGCUCGCGUGGCCAGAGGGGAGGAUCGUCACGCGGUGUGGCGUGAGGCCGUGUGGACUCUGGCGGUGGAAAAGCGGUGCCUCGAGCUGGAAGCGGAAAAACAGAUUCAGGACGUAUUAGCGGUAGUGUAAUGAUUCCUCACGAUGAUGAUAAGUACUAUUUUGAUGUUGAUCAACAUCCAUGGCACUGGCAGAUGACUAUAUUUAUAUUUUUUCAUUCUUGUUGGGUGAAAUUAUAAUUAAGGAAUGCACAGAAAUGGAAAAACUUCAACACUUCCAGGUCGCUGCUUCCAUGUCGAUGUCUGCGACGGCCCAGCCAGACGCUCAGCCUCUCUCGACGUCCACGGGGAAGAAGUACAUGAAAGGAGUGACGGAAGGGGAAAACACAGGCGACCACGACGCACAGGAUCAACAGCUGGACGAGCAUGAUCCCGGAAUCCACGACGAAGCACAAGACUCCCGACUCCAUUCGAAGAAGCGAGCGAACUCGCGAAGACCCAGCAACGCUCUGUCAGCAGCAUCAGGGCUGCUGAAUAAAAGUGACGUUGUAGGUCCCGCUCUAAGUACGACUGUUGCCGCGCAGACGCAGACCGUCGAAGUGGACCACGACAAUGAGCUUCAAGACGAGUUGCUCGCCGGCCAGAAAAGCUCGCGGAGGGGCUCUCGCGUGUUGGCCCAGUCGGUUUCCGCCACCGUCAAUAUUGCAAAUGGAGGUUGUAUGAACGACCACAACGAUCAUCAGGAUAAGGACGUCGAGUUGCAGGAGUCGUUGAUUUACCGUCGGAAGAGAACCAGGACGAACUCAAAACACAAACCACCCGCAAUGCCACACACUGCAGCAGGAGUAGGACCAGGAGGUGUAGUUGCUCUUGCUGCACUCAGCGGCGCAAGAACCCCAGCAACCGCCCAGCAAAAUGUCCUCGACAAAAGCAGCAGCAGCACUUCUGGGCUUUUCGGGAAGCAGUACCAGUUCGACGAAAAAGACCUGCUGCAGUUUGUCGACGACAAACUCCAGGACCAGCUGGAAGUGGCGCAGAACACCUGGAAUUCCGGCAAACUGGACCUGUUCGCUGCUUUUGAUAAAUGCCUGAACUUCUCCAUCCGAGGGAGGUUGGACGCGCAGGCGGAGAAACUGCAGAAGCUAGAGACGCAGGUGCUCGAAGCGACGCUGCUUCUGCAGGCAAAGAAUAGCGGAUUCAACCUGAUGUCCCUGGGUGUGGCGGGUGGAGAGCAGCAGAACGAGGGAAAAUCCGCACUUAUUCCACUCUCGAGCAGCUCGUCUUCCAGCUCAGUCAUGCAACAAAAUGAGAGGAAUCCGCGACUCGUCCCCGACGAGCAACUGCAGCUCCACGCCUGCGUCACGCGUCUGCGAGCAGAAAAGCAGGAUCUGCAGCACCGGUUGUCGCAGGCUUUGCAGGUAAAAACUGAUAUAUUUAAGUAUAGGUUCGUUUUCGUCUUCAUCUAGCAUCGGCUUUUACUAUCAUGUGACUCACCACUCUAUUUUUUUCUAUUGCGUUUCCACAUUUUCUUUCGUUUCAAAAAAAAACACAGGACCUCGAGAAGCACCAGUCAUCUAGCACGGCUGCAAUAGUUGUACCCAAGAACGAUGACCUACCACCACCACCACCCCUGCCCGAGCGGCGGACCUCAGAACUGGACUGGAAGCGGAAGUUUCUCGCUGCGCAAGAGCAGCUGGAGCGCUACGAGAAGCAAGCGGACGCCGCCUGGAAGCGGUUAGAAGCGACGCCGACUGGAGGUACCAGUUUGGACUUCCGAGGAGGUGAUGGGGAAGAGGAGAAAGGCGAAGGAGGUCAACUUCUCACCACCCCAGCGAAAAUAAAUCCCGCUUCAUCUGCGACUUCUGGUGCCGUGGCAAACACAAAGGAUGAUCCGGCAGGGGCCGCACAUCCAUCCUCGAACACACCGUCGCUGACCGGGACAAGUGAUCUUGUUUCGCUUUUCCGGGGACUGCAAAAGCUCGACGUCGGACGCUUAAACUUGCCGCCAAGGCCGCUGUAGACCGACCACGUGGAAUAAGAAAGAAAAACAUAAUGAGAAGAUUUAGAUUUCAAUAAUUCAAAGAGUCGAUUGUCCGGCUCAAAUAGCUAGAAAGCUAUGCAAACUGCUGGUCGUGUCGUGGUAAUUCUAUUGCUAUACUGUCAAAUGACAGUUUCUUGAAGCCUUUCUUUACAUUCCUCACCGCGCGAGGAUAUACCCUGCUCUGUAUUUGAAUUCAACUUAGUUCUUGCUCAACUUUCAUGAUACGACGCUGAAGUUCUACUAGCAGCACUUCUGUUGUUCGUGUGUGUGCAUGUCCAUUGAAUUUGUGACUGAACUACAAAAGAAUUGAGCCAGUUAUUUCGAGAAAAUAGUUGCGGUGGUGAAGGUGAUUAUGCUUAUAGUCGACCUCAUGUAUUUAAAUUUAUACCGGAAAGAAGUUCUUGAACAAUCGGUUUUGUCCUGCUCGUCGUGAGGUGCAAAAAUUAAGAAUAUCCGCUGCUGUAGUUGCGCAUAAUAAAAGGCACGCAACAAGAACUGCGUACACAGUUUCCUGUGCAUAUUACUUAGGCAAGUCUGAUUGCUGAUUAAAACAGUGUUGAGGGCCGCGAGUAGACCUACCAUGUGAUGAAUGACAUGAUUCUCGACCUGUGUGAGUAGAUGACCGCGCUCCUGGCGCGUGGUUUUUACUUCUGUUAAAGUAGAUAUCUCCCGCUCCCCUACGCUGCCAUCGUUUUCGCUUACGCUUUCGCGUCCUGACUAGAAGCGUCGCUUCUCGUAGCGGCAGCGAGAAGAGCACGAGAAGACGCACAUGAAUAUCAGUUGUGUGUGUUAUUUCUUGGUGGACCGG